UGGCUCUGCACCUGCCAAGGACAGGAGCCAGGGCUUAAAAAAGAACGGCGGAGGAACCUGCGGGCGCGACCAGCUGGAGCGGUCCACCUCAACGUGCUUCCAGGCCCGGGGGCUCCAGCAACCCGCGCCCGCCUGACCCCACUGGUGCGGGCCUUCAGGACCUGCGGCGUCCAGGGCAGACCUGGAAGCCGAGGUGCUCCAACCCCCACCCCUCUCAUCCCCUUAGCCUGGGUUCCGGGGGCGUGGUUUGGCGCGGGGGCGGGUUUAAGUCGCCUUGGUGUCUGACCGCUCUGACAGGUCUCCAAAUUCCACCUAAGCUCCAGUCAGGCUACGCGGUUCAGAGCGCCGGAGUGGCAAGGUGCUUCCCUGGAUCCGGAGGCGUUUCAUCCACUUCCACUCGGCCUGGAGCUUUUCUUCUCUCCGAAAUCUUUGGCCAGCCGACUCACCGGCCAAGGCUCCUUUCUCAGGCUCAGGAAUCCGCUCCAGUAGCUUCUCUCCGUACUCAGCUGCUAGCUGAGUUCUCUCCCUAAUUCCCUGGGUUCGGGAAGGCCCUAUGGACUCCAAAGAGCGAAGUGAAAGGGAUGAGAAUUGUGUGCUGCGACCCCCCAGAAUCGCUGCUAGCAGCGGUGACUUAGUCUUGUAGCGGAGGAUGGGACCCUGGCACUAGCGCCCCGCCACCAUCCUUCCUUGAGGAAUGUAGCAAUCCAGAACUCGCGCUGUCAGUAUUUACUCUGCAAGCGGCAAUAACCAGGAAGGAACCGAAGAGAGGGCUUCAGCACACCUCCAAAUUAACUGUUUGGUGACUUGUUAGUGCUGAGGCUACCACCUCUCUCCCGCCCUCCCGCAGGGCGCCCUGCCACCUCACCAUCACCCACACCUCCUGCCUCAUUGCUCCCGCCUCCAGCUCCGCCCCGGCUCCCCAUGCCGGCGCAAUGGAGUUAUCCAAAGGGCGAUGAUUGCAGCCACAGCUGCUAACUUAGCACCCACCCCAGCCAUCGGUCGGUCACUCUUGGCCAGCCUUUCUGCAGCCUCGGAGACGUGGGCGUCCACAGCCCAGUGCAGCAGCCAGGACUCGCCGGACGCGCAGCAGCAAGCGGGGCUCCGGGGCGCCUUUUGGACAGCGAAGACUGCGCCAAGACGCUGAGCCUAGUCAAGCAGAUUGGGCGCAGAAAGAGGACUGCGUGGCUCGGAGCAGCAAGGAUUUCGCGGACAAAUAGCCACCACUUUCACUGCAUAUCCAAGCUGCUUGAUUGGCGGGAAGGUGGCUCGCCAGUACGCAGGGGUCCGCUGCAAUCUACCAGGAGCCCAUUGCUCCUGGCCUCACUAUGACCUGACCAGUGGGGGCCCUGCUCAGGGCACCUGCAAUCAAGCAGCCUAAGAAAGAAGGGAUCGCUGCCAAGAGGCCUUCGAGUCUUUAGGGACCCCCACCCUCAACUGCCACCACCAGUUUUUGCGCCUCCCUCCCUACGGACUGGAGCCAUGGAGCUCUCGGAUGUGCACUGCUUUAGUGGCAGCGAGGAACUCUACACCAUCCACCCGACGCCCCCGGCCGGCGACGGCGGGAGCGGCUCCCGGCCGCAGCGGCUGCUGUGGCAGACGGCGGUGCGGCACAUCACCGAGCAGCGCUUUAUCCAUGGGCACCGGGGCGGUGGCGGCGGCGGCGGGGGCUCCCGCAAAGCCUCGAAUCCUGCGGGCAGCGGACCCAACCACCACGCGCCACAGCUGUCUGGCGACUCGGCACUGCCCCUCUAUUCGCUUGGCGCCGGAGAGCGAGCACACAACACAGGCGGCACCAAAGUCUUCCCGGAACGCACCGGGAGCGGCAGUGCCAGUGGCAGCGGGGGUGGAGGAGACUUGGGCUUCCUGCACCUUGACUGUGCCCCGAGUAACUCGGAUUUCUUCCUCAAUGGGGGAUACAGCUACCGAGGGGUCAUUUUCCCCACCCUACGCAACUCCUUCAAGUCUCGGGAUCUGGAGCGCCUCUACCAACGCUAUUUCCUGGGCCAGAGGCGCAAAUCCGAGGUAGUGAUGAACGUGCUGGAUGUACUAACCAAACUCACCCUCUUGGUCCUGCAUUUGAGCCUGGCCUCGGCUCCCAUGGACCCUCUCAAGGGCAUCCUGUUGGGCUUCUUUACUGGCAUCGAGGUGGUAAUAUGCGCUCUCGUGGUGGUCAGGAAGGACACCACCUCGCACACCUACCUUCAGUAUAGCGGAGUGGUCACUUGGGUGGCUAUGACCACCCAGAUUCUGGCAGCAGGCCUGGGCUAUGGGCUUCUGGGCGACGGCAUAGGCUACGUGCUUUUUACACUCUUCGCCACCUACAGCAUGCUUCCGCUGCCGCUCACCUGGGCUAUCCUGGCCGGCCUGGGCACAUCCCUACUGCAAGUCACUCUUCAAGUGCUCAUACCCAGGCUAGCAGUCUUUUCCAUCAACCAGGUCCUGGCCCAGGCGGUGCUAUUCAUGUGCAUGAACACAGCUGGAAUCUUCAUCAGUUACCUUUCCGACCGUGCCCAGCGCCAGGCCUUCCUGGAGACCAGGAGGUGUGUGGAGGCCAGGCUCCGCCUGGAGACAGAGAACCAAAGACAGGAGCGGCUUGUGCUGUCUGUGCUCCCCAGGUUUGUUGUCCUGGAAAUGAUCAACGACAUGACCAACGUGGAGGAUGAACACCUGCAGCAUCAGUUCCACCGCAUCUACAUCCAUCGCUAUGAGAAUGUCAGUAUUCUUUUUGCAGAUGUCAAAGGAUUUACCAACCUCUCUACGACCUUGUCUGCUCAGGAGCUGGUCAGGAUGCUCAACGAGCUCUUUGCCAGAUUUGACCGGCUGGCCCAUGAGCAUCAUUGUCUUCGCAUUAAAAUCCUGGGAGACUGCUACUACUGCGUGUCUGGAUUGCCUGAGCCCCGCCAGGACCAUGCUCAUUGCUGUGUUGAAAUGGGUCUCAGCAUGAUCAAAACCAUCAGGUAUGUGAGAUCCAGAACAAAGCAUGAUGUUGACAUGCGCAUUGGAAUCCAUUCGGGCUCCGUGCUCUGUGGCGUGUUGGGCCUGAGGAAAUGGCAGUUUGAUGUCUGGUCUUGGGAUGUAGACAUUGCAAACAAACUCGAAUCUGGAGGAAUCCCUGGGAGAAUUCACAUUUCCAAAGCCACACUGGAUUGCCUCAAUGGUGACUAUAAUGUGGAAGAGGGGCAUGGAAAAGAGAGGAAUGAGUUUUUGAGGAAGCACAACAUAGAGACCUAUUUGAUUAAACAGCCUGAGGAGAGUUUGCUAUCCUUGCCUGAAGACAUAGUCAAGGAAUCAGUGAGCUGCUCCGACCGGAGAAACAGUGGGGCAACAUUCACAGAGGGAUCCUGGAGCCCAGAACUGCCCUUCGACAACAUCGUGGGCAAACAGAAUACUCUGGCUGCCCUAACAAGAAAUUCAAUAAAUCUGCUUCCAAACCAUCUCGCACAAGCUUUGCAUGUCCAGUCUGGGCCUGAGGAAAUUAACAAGAGAAUAGAGCACACCAUCGACUUGCGAAGUGGCGAUAAGUUGAGAAGAGAGCAUAUCAAGCCAUUCUCACUGAUGUUUAAAGACUCCAGCCUGGAGCACAAGUAUUCUCAAAUGAGGGAUGAAGUAUUCAAGUCAAACUUGGUCUGUGCAUUUAUUGUUCUUCUGUUUAUCACUGCAAUCCAAAGUUUGCUUCCUUCUUCAAGGCUGAUGCCCAUGACCAUCCAGUUCUCCAUUCUGAUCAUGCUGCACUCCGCCCUGGUACUCAUCACCACAGCAGAGGACUAUAAGUGUCUGCCCCUCAUCCUCCGCAAAACCUGCUGUUGGAUUAAUGAAACCUAUCUGGCUCGGAAUGUCAUCAUCUUCGCUUCCAUCUUAAUUAAUUUCCUGGGAGCCGUCCUAAAUAUUCUGUGGUGUGAUUUUGACAAGUCGAUACCUUUGAAGAACCUGACUUUCAAUUCCUCAGCUGUGUUUACAGAUAUCUGCUCCUACCCAGAGUACUUUGUCUUCACUGGGGUGUUGGCCAUGGUGACCUGUGCAGUGUUUCUCCGGCUUAACUCUGUGCUGAAGUUGGCUGUGCUGCUGAUUAUGAUCGCCAUCUAUGCCCUGCUGACAGAGACCGUCUACGCAGGCCUCUUUCUGAGUUAUGACAACCUGAACCACAGUGGAGAAGAUUUCCUGGGGACCAAGGAGGCAUCAUUGCUGUUGAUGGCCAUGUUUCUUCUUGCUGUGUUCUACCAUGGACAGCAGCUGGAGUACACAGCUCGCCUUGAUUUCCUGUGGCGAGUGCAAGCCAAAGAGGAGAUCAACGAGAUGAAGGAGCUGAGGGAGCACAACGAGAACAUGCUGCGCAACAUCUUACCCAGCCACGUGGCCCGCCACUUCCUGGAGAAAGACAGAGAUAAUGAGGAGCUAUAUUCUCAAUCCUAUGAUGCCGUUGGAGUCAUGUUUGCCUCCAUCCCUGGAUUUGCAGACUUUUACUCUCAGACAGAAAUGAACAACCAGGGAGUGGAAUGUCUGCGCUUGCUGAAUGAGAUCAUCGCGGACUUUGAUGAGCUGCUCGGGGAGGACCGCUUUCAAGACAUCGAGAAGAUCAAGACCAUUGGUAGCACCUACAUGGCCGUCUCAGGACUGUCCCCAGAGAAACAGCAAUGUGAAGACAAGUGGGGACAUUUGUGUGCUCUGGCUGACUUCUCUCUUGCCCUGGCCGAAAGCAUACAGGAGAUCAACAAGCAUUCGUUCAAUAAUUUUGAACUCCGAAUCGGCAUCAGCCACGGCUCCGUGGUAGCAGGCGUGAUUGGCGCUAAGAAACCACAGUAUGACAUUUGGGGUAAAACUGUGAACUUGGCAAGUCGUAUGGACAGCACAGGGGUGAGUGGCCGGAUCCAGGUGCCGGAGGAGACGUAUCUUAUCCUUAAGGACCAAGGCUUUGCUUUUGACUACCGAGGAGAGAUCUAUGUGAAGGGUAUCAGCGAGCAAGAAGGGAAAAUCAAAACGUACUUUCUCCUGGGAAGAGUGCAACCCAACCCAUUCAUCUUACCCCCAAGGAGACUGCCCGGGCAAUAUUCUCUGGCUGCCGUUGUGCUUGGCCUUGUCCAGUCUCUCAACAGGCAAAGGCAAAAGCAGCUGCUCAAUGAGAACAGCAACUCGGGCAUCAUCAAGGGCCAUUACAACCGGCGGACUUUGUUAACACCCAGUGGGCCAGAGCCUGGGGCACAAGCCGAAGGCACCGACAAAUCCGAUUUGCCAUAAAAAGCAUUUUCUUUGUGUUCCUUUCUCUCUUUUUUUUUUUUUU